AUCAAACAUUCUCUAGUCAAAUUCCUGAAUCUAUUCAAAGCUCAUUAGACACCAUGAAAAGCAACGUAUACAAACCAUAUGAAACAGAACCACCGACGAAGUUUUCAUACUACCAUAACGGUACAACAGACAAUCACCUUAAAGCGAAGAGUCACCGCGUCACAAAAGCUGCUACUCAGGAGGCCAACGAUAAGCCUUUUAAAUGUACUAUACCUGGAUGUGUCAAGUCUUAUAAAAACCCGAACGGUCUAAAAUACCAUAGUGAACAUGGACAUCGGUCAGCUUUGUCAGAUACAGAAGUUGAAAAGAAACCGGUGGUCAAACCUUAUAGGUGUACUUAUCCAGAAUGUGAGAAACGAUAUAAGAACCCGAAUGGAUUAAAAUAUCAUAUUGAACAUGCACAUGCUCAUCAUUCUAUAAUUCGUCGUGGGUGA